AAGCCAAAAACAUUCCUUUCAGUGUCACUCCACUUCCUCAAACAAACAUACACAACCAAAAGAACACUUCAAAACUGUCCCAAAAUCCCCCCCAGAUUUAACUCUAAAUUAAUCUCAACCCAAUCUUAACUAUUGCCCAGUGGCGCCUUCUCCAUCAUUUUCACUUGGACUCUUUCGUUUCCACUCCCCUGCCAUCUCCUUCCCCUGUUCUUUCCCCUGUUUUCUUCCCCACCAGAACCUAACAUUUAAUAUAUAAACAUGGUCAUAUUACCAUAAACAAUGAAUCAAAUUAUUCAGCAAGGCCGUCUACUUCUUGUCCCUAUACCAUUCCCUAAUCCUUAAUAUAUUUGUUCUUGCUCCUGAUUACUGUCGACGACUCUGUUUUGGGGGAACAGGAGCAAUGAAAACUGGAGGAGAAGUGAUCAUAGUUGCAGUCGACGCCGGGAAAGAGAUCACCGACUAUGCAAUCGACUGGGCACUUAGAAAUGUUAGCAGAGCCUUGGAUUCUCUUGUCCUUCUGGCUCUCCUACCUUCCCACGGCAGCGAGGCGACCGCCUCCCCUGCCUCUAUCAGAGGACAGCAGUCCUUACAUGGAUUGGUGAAGAAAUGGGUAAUGAAGAAAUGGUACAGAGAGGAGAACCCAGGUAUGCAGGAUUCGCUGAUGCAGGCAGUUCAGCAGGAAGAGGCUCGCAGGAUCAACAAGGUCUGCCUCGAUAUGAUCCGCCAUCUCUGUCGCGUUCACAAGAAGCAGCUUCAAAUCCAAGUGAAAGUUAUAGCCGAUGCACAGUUCGGCUCGGUAGCUUCUUCGGCCAGGGAGCUUGAGGCAACCUGGGUAGUUCUCGAUAGGCGGCUGAAGAAAGAAGGGGAUUGUUGCAUGAGGCAGCUGAAGUGCAACAUUGUGGUGAUGGAGCAUUCGGUUCCAAAAGUUAUGAGAACCGCGGUGAAUCCUAAUCGGACAAGGAGAAGGCACAGCAUGUGCGGUGACCAAAUUGAUCCAGCCGCCUGCAACAACAUGAUAAUGGGAUUGCCCUGCGGCGGGUGCAAUCUUACUGCUAGCACCAGCACUGCAACUACCCUAACUAGCUUUGGAAGGGAUAGUGAUGCAUUUACUUCUGUGGGUUCACUAGAAAGUCCAGAAGAAACCUUUGCGGGCAAGAAGAAGCCAUCCGAAUCACAUGGCGCUUUGCUCCAUUUGAAUUCGGAGCUUGUCCAGAAGGAAGUUGAAGUUCAGGUUGCACUCUCCAAGUCACCUCAAAAGGACAAGCCACAGGAGUUAUGCAGUUCAGAUGUUCUCUCUUCCAAGCUGCGAGCUUCCAAUGGCAAGAUCAAGAGCCAUAGUGGACUUCUGAAUCCCCAGAAAGUUCUGGAGAAGGUUGAGAGCAUUGACGGAGCUCGAAGAGUUAAGGCACCGAUGAGAAGGUCAUUCGAUGGACCGGUCAUAGUGAGGUAUCCGGAGAGCUUGAAGCCGAUAAAGCAAGGAAUCACCAGGAGGAACUCAUUGACAAACAGCAUCAGAGGGGAAGAGAUGCAACAACAUCCCGAGGUACGUGUCGAUGGUCCUUCCAACAUUGAAGAGAGAACCUCCAGCAUCCGGAGGGCAAUAUCCAUCACCAUCAAGCCACCGCCAAUUCCACCCCCAUUGUGCUCCACAUGCAAGCACAAGGCCCCGAUUUUCGGGAAGGCCCCCAAGAAAUUCACCUACGAGGACAUUCGAGCAGCAACCGAUGGGUUCUCGAGAGAUAACAUAGUUGCACAAGGAGAUCAUGGCUCGGUCUACACAGGGAAGCUACCAGACGGGCAGGCAGUCGCAGUGAAGCAGUACAAGGCGCUCACCGCACAGAGCGCCUCAGAGUUCUGCUCUGAGGUCGAAGUGCUGAGCUGUGCUCAACACCGCAACCUCGUGAUGCUGCUUGGGUACUGCAUCGAGACAGAGUGGCUUCUGGUCUAUGAGCUGGCUUGCAACGGCUCGCUGGACCAUCAUUUGUACGGAAAAGAAGAGGUGGAGGAUGAAGAUGUGAUGGCAUGGGAGCACAGGAUGAAGGUUGCUAUAGGAGCUGCUAGAGGGCUGAGAUACCUCCAUGAGGAUUGCAGAGUUGGCUGCAUUGUUCAUAGAGACUUCAGGCCUCAGAAUAUCCUCCUUACACAUGAUUAUGAGCCCAUGGUGGGUGAUUUUGGGCUGGCGAGAUGGCAAUCAGAUGGACAGAAAGCUGAGGAAACCAGAGUUAUAGGCGCAAUUGGGUAUUUGGCUCCGGAGUACACUCAAGCUGGACUCAUAACAGAGAAAGCUGAUGUCUACGCAUUUGGGAUGGUGCUUUUGGAGCUUCUGUGUGGGGUAAAAGCACCAGAAUUCUCAAGAAACAUGGGACAACAGUUCCUGCUCGAACUGGUAAAGCACCUUAUGAGAUUCUUCUUUCACAUUCACAAGGUUGAUCCUUGAAGGGCAAAUUUUCGAGCUUCUCAAGGCUUUAUGUUUGCAUCACCAGCUUUCAUCUUUGUCACAGGGGCGUUGGCUGCUAGACAGAGAGGUAGUGAGCGAGAUUCUGGACCCUCGGCUGAAUGACAGCUACGUGGAGAAGGAAGUGAGGAGCAUGAUCUAUGCUUCCAGCCUGUGCCUAUCACCAAACCCUGAAAAGAGACCCAGAAUGUCCAAGGUUCUGAAGAUCCUGGAAGGAGACAUACCUUCACAUCCAGAGCCAGUGAACGUCAUUGUGCAACCGCCAACAGUGUAUCCAAACCAAUUCGUCAACAUGAUCUACGGUUCAGAGACACCAGUGUUCUCGAGGGCACUGAAUCAAGCAUCUUCCUUCAAGAAGGCACCACACUGGCGGCGACACUCGACUAUCGCCGGCAAUGAGAACCAGGGCAGGCUUGGGACUCCGUCGGCGGGCCGAGCAGAGGAUUUCCGGCAAGCUGAGAUGGAUUUCAGCGGCGAGUAUCGGGCGCAUUUAGAAGGGUCGCUGGCCAAAUUCUUCGAGGGGUUGAACCGGCAUGGGAAAACUGCUUCGGACGAGCCUGCUGUCGUGUAGAUUCAAGGAAGUUGAGGGGAGAUGGGGGGCGGCGAAAUUUCGGUUUGUUGCAAUCGAUUUUUUUGGCUUUAAUUUCUUCUUUGUGGAAUGUGGUUUGUUGUGACUACUUCCCCAUUGAUAAAUAGGAGUGGGGUUGGUGUGUAUACAUAUCCAAAUUGAGUUCAGUCAAAAAAAUUAUAAACUGAGUUUUGGAUUUCAUUUUUUUUAAUCAAUAUAGGUAGAAUUAUGCG